CCACUUGAAUCACGUAAACACUCGAGGAAAACGCCCUUUAUCUAUCCAUUUAUUUUCCUUCAAUUUGCGUCCAGUUUCAAGUUGAAGCACAGCAGACGCGAUCAAACAGUAUAGAUUACAGAAUGCCAAUUGAUUUCAAAGAAUUUCAAGAGAAGUUAUCAACUGGCUUCAGACCAUGGCAGCGUUCCUUCCAAUUCUGGGUUCGAGCUCUCGAUAUCUACACUGGUUAUAAGGUGUUUCAGGUUCGGGUUAAUCUUGUGAAGGAUGUGGAGAAGGCAGAGGCAAUGUGGGAGAGACAACAUGAGCAAGCGGCUGAAAAAGCUUAUUCCAUGUGCUCUGAAAUGGGUGGGUUCUUUCUCAAGAUUGCCCAAGUUCUCGGGAAGCCAGACUUAGCACCGGCUGCAUGGGUGAGGAGGUUAGUUACUCUGUGUGAUCAAGCUCCAGCAACCCCAUCUAACAUGGUGCAACUUGUUCUCGAGAAGGAGUUGGGUAAAAAUGUCGAUGAAAUGUUUGAAAGAUUCGAAUGGGAUCCAAUCGGCUCCGCUUCAAUUGCACAGGUUCAUCGAGCUAGACUAAAAGGCAGCAAGCUUGAUGUUGUUGUGAAGGUACAACAUCCCGGUGUUCAAGAUUUGAUGAUGACGGAUCUCCAGAAUUUGAAAGCUUUUGCGUUAUGCAUACAGAAGACGGACGUAAAAUUUGAUUUCUUCUCGGUGUGUAAAGAAAUGGAGAAACAGAUAGGGUAUGAAUUCGAUUUCACAAGAGAAGCUGAUGCCAUGGAUAGAAUCAGAACUUUUCUAUACACGAUUAACCGAAAAUCACCGGUUAAAGUGCCACGGGUUAUACGGGGUGCAGUCACCAGGCGGGUGCUGGUGAUGGAUUACAUGGAUGGGGUCCCAAUCUUGAAUCUUGGAGAUGAGAUCAUGAAAAGGGGAAUAAAUCCCGACGGUAAGAUGGCGGCAGCAGCAAAGCAGAACAUCCUAAAAAGUCUUACUCUUGCGUAUGGACAAAUGAUACUCAAGAGCGGAUUCUUUCAUGCGGAUCCCCACCCCGGGAAUAUUCUCAUUUGUAAAGGCUCGGAGGUUGCGUUGCUUGACUACGGACAAGUGAAAGAUCUUCCGAACGCCUUGAGGCUUGGUUACGCCAAUCUGGUUCUUGCUAUAGCGGAUAAGGAUCACACGAAGGCGUCAGAAGGAUUCCGGGAACUUGGCAUAGAUACGUUAAGCCUAUGUUCGGAUGAACGGGCAGAAUUAUUUAAGCUAGCUCAAGUCAUGUUCGAUACAAAGUUGCCAGACGGAGUCAAGAUUUUGCAGCCGUUCUCGGAUGAUUCUUCUAUAAAGAAGAUCGCUGUUCGGGGUUUCCCGGAGGAAUUGUUUUCUGUUCUUCGGACGGUGCAAUUGUUGAGAGGGCUUAGCGUCGGUCUAGGAAUCAACUACUCGUGUGCGGAGCAAUGGAGACCGAUUGCCGAAGAAGCUUUAUAUCUUGCGGGCAGGCUAAAAGUCGAGGAUAUGAAGAGCAUGGAACGACAAAAACGUGGGUUUUUUAGAAGAAUAUUGUGGUGGUGAUCGAUAUAUGUCGGGUUUGUGUUAGAAUCCAGCCAUUUAUUUAUGAACACGUAUAAACUGUUAUUUAUAUCUACAUUCUAAGUGGAAUGGUAAUUAAAUCGGGAUUGAUCGCGCUA